GUCAUCCCCUCAGUCUGUAGACCUUUUGUGUGAAUGCCUGGCAAGGGUGACGUGGGGCUGUUUCUGCGGGCACAGCUGCAGCACUUACUGGAGUGGAGGCAGGGCCCAGGCAGCACUGCCCUCCCAGAUCUUCCCUCGGGCUUUUCAGCAGUAAGGGGACAUGCACCCCGAGGCCCUCCACUUGGCCUGACUCUGCUGUGGGGGCUUUCUGUCCCCAGGAACGGUGGAGAUGGCAAGCUUAUCAAGACCCUCUCUGCCCAGCUGCCUCUGCUCCUUCCUCCUCCUCCUGCUCCUCCAAGUGUCUUCCAGCUACGCAGGACAGUUCAGAGUGAUAGGACCAAGACAACCUAUCCGGGCUCUGGUCGGUGAUGAAGUGGAAUUGCCAUGUCGCAUAUCUCCUGGGAAGAACGCUACAGGCAUGGAAGUGGGAUGGUACCGGCCCCCCUUCUCUAGGGUGGUUCAUCUCUACAGAAAUGGCAGGGACCAAGAUGGAGAGCAAGCACCUGAAUAUCGGGGCCGGACAGAGCUGCUGAAAGACGCUAUUGGUGAGGGAAAGGUGACUCUCAGGAUCCGGAAUGUAAGGUUCUCAGAUGAAGGAGGUUUCACCUGCUUCUUCCGAGAUCAUUCUUACCAAGAGGAGGCAGCAAUAGAAUUGAAAGUGGAAGAUCCCUUCUACUGGGUCAGCCCUGCAGUGCUGGUUCUCCUCGCGGUGCUGCCUGUGCUCCUUCUGCAGAUCACUGUCGGCCUCGUCUUCCUCUGCCUGCAGUAUAGACUGAGAGGAAAACUUCGAGCAGAGAUAGAGAAUCUCCACCGGACUUUUGAUCCCCACUUUCUGAGGGUGCCCUGCUGGAAGAUAACCCUGUUUGUAAUUGUGCCGGUUCUUGGACCCCUGGUUGCCUUGAUCAUCUGCUACAACUGGCUACAUCGAAGACUAGCAGGGCAAUUCCUUGAAGAGCUAAGAAACCCUUUCUGAGUGAUGUCACAUCUUGGCAGGGGUGGAGGAGAGCCUGGUUGCCCAGGGAUUGGUCCUUGGGGACAUCUCAUCCAUCAAGUUGCAUACUCACUGGCAUCUUUGCUAUGGGGACAUUCCAAUUUGCACUUUCAGGAACACUCUGAAUUCCAAGUAGAAUUGAUUUCCCUUCUUCUGUCAUCUACCUUUUCUCUUCCUUCGUUUUCCCAUUUUUAUUAUCCUUCUUUCCAUUUCUCUCUCCAGUCUUCCACUUGGAAACCCUUCCUGGCUAAGGACAGGCAGGUGCCCCUCUCUCCAUCAGAGGACACCUGUGCUGGAGAGCAACACAGAUAGGAUGGUCUCUGCCAUGAACUGGAGGCCAGGAACCUCCUCACUGAAAAUUACAGUAUGAUAACUUUGCAAAUGGUGGUUGUUUCUUCCAAGACUCCAGCCCUGAUUGCGCAGAACUGAGAGGCAUGUGAAGGGAAGGAAGAGGAAGAGUGUGAAACAUUGAAGAGAGAGCUGAGUGAACUGAAGAGUGAGGAUAUGGGUAGCCCCAACCCAAACCUGGAGAUGGGGAGAAACCUACAGAAUACUAGCCAGAGCUCCACCUUGUCUUGGCAGCCUACUAGGGAACUGGGGAAGCAAGAAAUGAAAGCUGGACAACAUGCCUGCUUUAGAAUGUCUUCCUUCUACUUACAUAUCUUCCACAGGUCUCAGAAUUUCCUUCCUCUCAUCCUUCUUCUCCUGUCUUCAUAUCUACCAGAGUAUCCACUGUUUAUUCAACAACUACUACUUGAUGGUCAGAUACAAACAAACAAGCUAGGUGCUAAUUAAUAAUGAUAUGAGUUUUGGUUGAGCACGGUGGCUCACACCUGUAAUCCCAGCACUUUGGGAGGCUGAGGCAGGUGGAUCACGAGGUCAGGAGUUCGAGACCAGCCUGGCCAACAUGGUGAAACCCCGUCUUUAUUAAAAAUACAAACAAUUAGCUGGGCAUAGUGGUGGGCGCCUGUAAUCCCAGCUACUCAGGAGGCUGAGACAGGAGAAUAGCUUGAACCCAGGAGGCGGAGGUUACAGUGAGCUGAGAUCACAUCACUGCAUUCUAGCUGGGGUGACAGAGUAAGACUCUGUCUCGAAAAAAUAAAUAAAUAAAUAAAUAA